GAGAGAGAGACAAGUCAUCUUAGAUUCUUCGAUUGCGGAUUUCAUUGCUCCCUUCUCUGGCAUGGAGUUGUGAUCACAGGAGAUCCGAUCGUUUUGAGUUAGGGUUUCAUUAAUUGUUCUAGUUUGAUUCUUUCAAGUGGAAAUGGCAGGAUACUUGUCGAUGAAGAUGAAGCGGAAGGGCCUCGAAGAAGUGUACGAUGAGUUCUCAGAUUUCUCUUUGUCUUCUCCAGCGAGAAAGAUCAGGAGACUGGAUGCGGAGUUGCCACCGAUCAUGGAAGAAGAGGAAACCCCAGAGAUUCCUGUGGUUUUUGAUCGAUCACCUUCUGGAGACUUAGGUAUCAGUGCACAACAGUCGGCAGCUACAGUGACGGAAGUACUGCCUUAUGCUCCUUUGAAUGAAGAGAGGGCUCUUGUGCUCUACAAGCCAAUGAACAAGCCAUUAGUGGAAGUCAUUGUGAACUCGGAUUUGAUUCCUGCAUUAAGAAAUCAUGUCUUCUGGUCAGAGCAGACAAACCAAGUAAGGAGAGUGGAAGAUGAAGCAACGGAUAGAAGCAAUUCGAACAUAGGGAUAAAAAAUGACUGCUUAGCUGUUGUUCCAUGGGUUCCAACAACUCAACUUUCUCCAGACUCCGAAACAGGGGUACCAGCAGCAAUGGUUGUUCCAGAACAAAUGGAGGCUGAAGGAGUGGACUCAGUGAUGAUGGAGAUUGAACAAGAUGACAAUGAAAUUCAGGUCAGUGGAGGUCAAGCAAGGGAAAUUGGUGGUGGGGUUGAGAGUGAAGGUGAAUCUUGGCAGCAGCAGUGGCAGCAACAGCACUGUCUCAGUCCACAGCUCCCUCAAAACACAUCUACACCCAUCAUGUGGUCUUGGUAACUGAUUAGUCUCUAGUGAGCCUUGUGAUGUGAUAAUGCCUGGGGAGGGAGAGAUUGGAUGAGAAGAGACAAAUGAG